GCGGUAUUAUCGCUUCCGGUUGAUAGGGCCAGUCGCCUUGGCCUCUGUCCGCUUUGCCAGGGGACGAGGGUAACCUAGGUGCUUCCCGCGGGAAGACCCGCCACCUCCAUUGACCAUUACCUUGCUGCCUAAAUUCCGAGGCAAAGAGGAAAGAGGAAAAGCCAGUUAUUUUGAGAAGCAGCUGAUUGCCUUAAAGGAUGGACCGGAAUUCUGCUUGGACUCAGUACAAUAUUAGCACAGAAUGAUUUUCACUAAGAUGUAAUCUAGACUGUAAUGAAUGAUUUUUCAGCAACAGUUCAAGCAUAAUCAAAACGUUUGCAACUCUCAAUUAAUAGCUGUGAAAAACAGUGCUUAUUGUUCAUUAAAAUGCAAGAGCACCCACAACUACUUCGAAGACCUUUACCUCCAAAAUUCCCUAAGCUGCCUUUAAGUAAGAAGAAAGUCCAUACAGCCAAGACUGGUAAAACUGAGCCAAAACAUGUAACGUUCAUUCAAGAUGAAACCACUUCAACUGAAAGAAAGAAAACUAGUUUUCCUGAUGUUUCAAGAAGUCAACCACAAACCCUUGUCAAUAUCCAAAAUCUCUUUCUUGAUCAUUAUAUACAAGAAAGAGUGACUACUAUUUCAAUACCCAGAAAAACUUCUAAGAAUGUGUAUUGGCACAUUCCAGAGACUGCUACUGGUUCCUUAUUUUUUCCAACCUGUCAUUCGGCCUCAAGUCGUGUUUUUGGGAAAGAAAUAAGACAAAUGAAAAGGUCAAGAAAAUCAAAAGAAAAAGCAUCAAAAAUAAAAAAUAUUUAUUUUGGUGACGUGUUCAAAGACAUUGUGAUUUUCUCCUCAGAGUUCUCCAGACUUCCAAGUACUACUUCCCCAGCUAUUUCUCCCAAACCCAAGGAAGUUCUAUCUGCAUCUACCUACACUUUUAGGCAACCUCUGAUAGGUGCAAGAGCAACUGUGCCAAGCCCUAUAGCAAGACCUAGUUGUGUUAAAGGAAGAAGAUGGUGGGCUAAACAUUUAAAACAAGAUACUGCUGUGGUACUAAGUAUUACUCAUUUUCCAGGUCCCAUCUCCAUACCAACACCAGUUUUGCCAAGAAAACCUCGAAGACAGUCUUUGUUAGAAACUCAGGUAGCAGAAUCUGAAAAGGUAGAAAGUACUCCGAGACAAAGCACACCAAACCUACCUGAAGGUAUUGUUAAAUCUAGAAAACAAGAGGAACCACAGGUACAUCUCAUACGUGGUGGAGGUCUUAAGACUAUCAGUGCAACACGAUAUGAAACAAUAAUAGCCAUGACCAACCUUGCCGUAGUAAACUGUCAAAUAUAUGGAAGAAAUGCACUUAAUCUUAAGGGCUUUUUUAUCACAAAUUGUCCAGACUUAACGAUUUUGGCCUCCCAAUUGGUAUAUCUUAACUUAUCCUUCAAUGACAUCAGUUACUUCCCCACAGAAAUACUUUGUCUUAAAAAUUUACAAAUACUAUUACUAAGAAAUAAUCCUAUCAAAGAAAUCUCUUCUGAAAUUCAGCAACUUAAGCUCCUUAGAGUUUUCAGCAUUGCCUUUAAUUUGAUUACUACUCUUCCACCUGGGUUAUUUCUUUUGUCCCAUCUUGAGGAACUUGAUAUUUCCUACAAUGGUAUUGCUUCCAUUCCUAAUGAAAUCCAGAAACUCAGAUCACUUGAAAAACUGAAUGUCGAUGGGAAUGAACUGACAACUUUUCCAUCUGCAAUUUUGAAGCUUAACCUGAAAAAAAUCCUCUUUGAGAAUACUUUCACUCAUCCUAUGUUUUGGAAGGAGAAUUCUUUGAAUAGCCCACCAUCCCUUACUCAAAUUGCUUCUUUUUUCUUUUUAAAAAAUAAUCUACGUGAAUAUUAUAAUGUGAUCCCAGCGGAAAUUCUAAAGCUACUCAAAUGCACAUCUAGGUGUGAAUGGUGUCAAGGUCCCAUGUUCGGUGAAGGUUUUCGAGUCAUCCGAUCCUAUGACGGUUUUGGAACAACACACCUUCCUAUUUUGUUUCUUGUGUGUUCUUCUUCCUGCUAUAGAGAAGUAAAGGAACGCAGUUUUAUUUCAAGUAGUAUUCCUAGUGGAAAAAUAACUCUAAAUUCUGAGUUGAUAAGUCAGGCAAUGAUUUAGGAAUCCCACUUUAAAAGCCAUUAGAGUUUAUGUCUAUAGUAAUUAACUUCUUUGAGAGUACAGCUUCUUUCUUCUGUGGCUCCUCUUUGUAAUCUCAGCUCCUUAGGAAGUUUGCGACUGUUGGGGAAUGGUUGCAGAAUGAUUACUUAAGAAGGAUAAGUAAAAGGUCUUUGGAUUUCAGCGGAAAUCUAGAAAAUUUCUUUUAGAGCACAUUUGCUGUCGAAUGAGAAAUGAUGGAAAACUUUGCAAAAAAAGGAUUUACAUUACAACUGGCACUUUCAUGCAUCCAUUCCAAGUGAUAAGAUGGCAUUUCAAAGUCAUCAGUGGGGCUCCUGUCUCAGAUGAGUUCAAAGUCAUGUACCCAAGUUCUCUUUGUGAAUUUCUGUGGAAAUCCAUCCAGUGCCAACCAUCUCAAUUGUGGAUUGUUUUAGGGAAUAAAAGAUUCAUUCCAGUCCUAUAUUUAGUUGUUUGAAUUCAUUACCCAGGCUCUUAGAAAACUGGUACAAUCUCUCAGUUAUCCUGACCCUCAUCUCACAAAGCCUGACUCCAUAGACCGCUGCCAGCAUUCAACAGGCCUUCAAUGAGAGCCUGGCAAAAAAAUAAAGUAAAACUUACAAAAUUACAUUGCAGAGCAACAUACAAAUACAGUAGAA